UUGGACGGGGCUUGGAGCAACCUGGGAUAGUGGAAGGUGUCCCUGCCCGUGCCAGGGGAGCUGGAACAAGAUGAUCCUUAAAAUCCCCUCCAACCGAAGCCAUUCAAUUGUUGCACAUUUCUGCGAUUUUACACGGAGAAAAAGGAAGCAAAACGUUUAUUUCUGCCUCUCGGGGGUGUGACGGGCAUUUGCCACACCCCUCCCCGGCCCCCCAAGGCCAGGUUGCACCUUGGUGUGCUCGGGAGGGGGCUGUUUGCUUUGAGAAUCGUGGAAUCACAGACUGGAUUAAGGAAGGGACCUUAAAUCUCAUCCAGUUCCACCCCCCCGCCGUGGGCAGGGGCACCUUCCACCGGGAGCUCAGGUUGCCCCAAGCCCCCCAUCCAGGGAAUCCUCCCCCUCUGCGGUUCUGGGCUGCCCCCUCCUGACGCCCGGGAGUGGCGUGUGAAUGUCAGCAGGGGCCGUUCGGUGUCCGUGACUCUGAAAAGGCUCGUGGAGCAAAAAAGCCUGUGCAGGAAAACUCAAUGUUUAAAUGGAGCACAGAAGAAACAGAUAACAGUGGGUUCAGAGACUGGAGCAAUUCCGACUGUGGGUAGGGCUGUUUCUCCAGGUAACCCCCAAAGGUCUCGUGUUUGGGCAGCGUGUUUGCAGCCUUCCGCUGACAAAAAGGUCUGCCUGUAAGGGACGUGUUGCCUGAAAGUCAUAUCCUGCUCCAGGGAGGCGCCACAGCAGCACACCCAGGAUGUCCAUGGAGAUAACUUUCCUGGGCACGGGCUCGGCAUACCCCUCUCCCACCAGAGGGGCGUCGGCGCUGGUGCUUCGCCGGGAAGGGGAGUGCUGGCUCUUCGACUGCGGGGAGGGGACCCAGACACAGCUCAUGAGGAGCCACCUCAGGGCAGGCAGAAUCACCAAGAUUUUCAUAACCCACCUCCACGGCGACCACUUUUUCGGGCUCCCCGGCCUGCUGUGCACGCUCAGCCUGCAGAGCAGCCCCGACCCAAACAAGCCACCCGUGGAUAUUUACGGGCCCUUAGGGCUGAGGAGCUUCCUGUGGCGGAGCCUGGAGCUGUCCCACUCCCAGCUCCUCUUUCCCUACGCCGUCCACGAGCUGGUGCCCACGCGGGACCAGUGCCCCGCGGAGGAGUUCAGGGACUUCUCGCACUUGGACAGGGGUGAGGUGCCUCCCCAGGGCCCUGGAGGGAGAAUACUGCGCCUGGACCCGGGAGAGGGCUCCUACUUGCUGGAGGAGGACGAGCAGCUGGUGCUGAGGGCGUUCCGCCUCUUUCACCGCGUCCCUUCCUUCGGCUUCGUGCUGGAGGAGAAGCCCCGGCCUGGGAGGCUCAACGUGCAGAAACUGAAAGACCUUGGAGUUCAGCCGGGCCCUCUGUACGGGAAGCUGAAGGGCGGGGCCGCAGUCGUGCUGGAAAACGGAGUGAGGAUCUCUCCCUGCGAGGUGCUGGAAGAGCCCAUUCCCGGCAGGAAGGUGUGCAUCCUGGGGGACUGCUCGGGGGCGCCGGGGGACGAGGCCCCGCGGCUCUGCCGCGACGCCGACGUGCUGGUGCACGAGGCCACGCUGGACGACACCCAGCAGGAGAAGGCCAGGGAGCACGGGCACAGCACCCCCGGGAUGGCGUCGGGUUUUGCCAGGCUGUGCCGGGCCAAGAGGCUGGUUUUGACCCACUUCAGCCAGAGGUACAAGCCGGCCGGCCAGGCAGGGGAGGGGGACGCGGACGUGGCCGAGCUGGGGAGGCAGGCGGAGUCCGUGCUGGGGGGACAGGAGGUGACACUGGCUGAGGACUUCAUGACAAUAGAGAUUCCCAUGAAGAAGGGAAAAACAGCAGCGUUGGCCAGCCCUGAGUGAAGGCACAGGGCCGGGGGGGUGUUGGACAGCGCUUAAAAAUGACUGUUGGGGGUCUGGUGAACAAAUUCUCUUCCCCUGGAGCGCAGAGAGAUCGGUUCAGAGCGCCGGGUGCAGUUAGUGCUGCUGCUGUAAAGCAAAGGAAGAAGGAUGCUCAGGCAUCUGGAGCUGGAAUAUAUUCAUGAGGGGUGGUUUUGGACACCUGGCCUCCCCAGAUGGCUCGAGCCUUCACAGCCCGGGAGCUUUCCUUGGAGAUUCCCUGGAGCGCAGCUCUGGAUCAUCGUUUGGCUUUCACACACCCCUCCAGGAAGGUUUGUGCUCUGCAGAGCAGUUUCAGCCAUCCUGCCUCCUGAGAGCUUUUGAACAACACCCAUUUCAAACUUGCACACAGUGCUUUGUGACUGUUACCCAGUUUCUGUGUGAGAGGGCACUGAAUUCAUUAAUGUGUCGAGAGCUCUGCCAAGCGGGUGUUGCUGUGCUCAAGUGGAGGAGCCCUUCCGAUUCUCACGUUUGCACGUGAAGUCUUCUCAUAAAUAAACACAGCUUAGGCUCCCUGUCAGAA